GGCGGACAUGAUUCCCGAGAGUCUUCUCUCUUCCGUCUAGCCAGAUCUACACAGUAUUAGCCUAAUCUAAAGAGAUAGUGCAAGAAGGAGGAAGCUGACUGUAUCUCUCCACACCAUACCGCUCACUGCAUAACCCCAUUUAUACAUAAACCCUCCAUUCCAUUAACUCGACUUCUCCGUCCAGCCUCUAUCUUCCUUCAUCCCUUCCUCUCCAUAUUUCUACUAUUCCACUCCCCAAUCUUCCCUUACCUUCCCAUCUUAAGCUCGCCAAAAUGCCACCUCCCACCCCAACCCUCCCCUGGACAACAACCCCCCUCCUCAUAAACGCGCCCAUGGCAAACUUCGCAGGCGGCGCCCUCGCCUCCGCCGUCUCCCUCGCCGGCGGCCUAGGCAUGAUCGGCUGCCUAACCAGCACAUCCGACCUACGGCGCGAACUCGACACCGCAGCGACCGCCCUCUCCUCACAUACUUUUUUCCAGGAAACACACUCCCUGCCCAUCGGCGUAGGCUUCCUAACCUUCCUACUAAAGCUCGACGACAUACUGCCGCUGGUCCGCGAGUACCGCCCCGCAGUCAUCUGGCUAUUCGCCGCGCCGCACGUCGACGAGUAUGCAGCGUGGAGCGCGGCACUACGCACCGCGUCGCCGGGGAGCAGUGUGUGGAUCCAGACCGGGAGCGUGGAUGCAGCGCUGCAGAUCUGCCGUACUGCGGCGCCGGACGUGCUGUGCAUGCAGGGCGCGGACGCGGGCGGCCAUGGGUUUGAGAAAGGCGCUGGUGUCAUCUCCCUCGUCCCCGAGACGGCUGAUGCGCUGGCGAGAGAAGGUUUCGCACAUGUUCCGCUGGUGGCUGCGGGUGGGAUUGUCGACGGGCGCGGUGUGGCUGCUGCUCUUGCGCUAGGCGCUGCGGGCGUGGUGAUGGGGACGCGGUUCCUCGCCUCGAGGGAGGUGGUGGUGCAUGCGCGGUAUCAGGCUGCUGUGCUGGAGGCGCGGGAUGGGGGGCAGGUUACUACGCGCUCGAGGAUCUUUGAUGAGCUGCGGGGACCGAAUGUUUGGCCUGAGGCGUAUGAUGGGAGGAGUUUGGUGGUUAGGAGCUAUAGGGAUCAUGUGGGUGGGGUGGGGGUUGAGGAGAUUCGUAGACUGUAUGGGGAGGCGGUGGAGGAGGAGGAUCGUGGGUGGAAGACGGGGUUGCAGGGACGGGCGGCGAUUUGGGCGGGGACGGGGGUUGGGUUGGUGAGGGAGGUGUUGGGUGCGGGGGAGAUUGUGGAGCGUGUUAGGGGGGAGGCGAGGGAUACGCUGGGUCGGUUGGCGAGGCUUUGA